AUGUCCUGGAAAUUCGGAAAGAGAAAGCACAGCCACGCCUCCAACACCCCCUCCGACAUCUCCCGCUCCACCACCCCGACGCCCGGCAACCCCCAUCCUGAAGAUGCAGUCAAGCCGCCUGUCCCGAGGAGCGGUAUGCUCAAGAUCCGGGUCACUGCUGCCAAGGGUCUUCAAUUACCUCAAGGAGUGCAAAUCCCUGAACCCGUCCAGCAGGCCCUUGAUAAGAGCCCCACGCCCGCCCCUCAAAUAGCCACCUCCCCUCCCAACUCUUCUGCCAACCCCCGCAACAACCGCGACUCUCUUCAACGUCGUCAGGUCUGGUGGCUUCCCUACCUCGUCCUUGAAUUUGACAAGAACGAGGUUCUGGUCGAUGCGCUUGGUGGAGAUCUCACGUCGCCUGUAUGGAUGUACAGCGCGACGUUCGACGUAUCGAGGAUCAGCGAGAUUAGCGGAACUGUCUACUUGAGGACGAAGGAACCGCAUGCCGAGGGAGUGCAAAAGACGGAGAACGGGGAGGCGUUGCAGGGCGAGGAUAUGGGAAAUUCUGACCUGUGUUUGGGCAGUAUUCGAUUCACCCCUAACCUUGAUUCUAUGCGCGUGUCCGACGAAUGGGUGACUGUACAGGGCGGCGGCGGUACCGGUACCAUCAACGUCCAAGUCUCCUUCAAGCAGAACCAAGGCCAGACCCUCUCUAUCGACUCUUUCGAACUCCUCAAAGUCAUCGGCAAAGGCUCUUUCGGCAAAGUCAUGCAAGUCCGAAAACGUGACACGCUUCGUAUCUACGCUUUAAAGACGCUGCGUAAAGCGCAUAUCGUCUCGAGAUCCGAAGUGACACAUACGCUUGCGGAAAGGACCGUACUGGCGCAGGUCAAUUGUCCGUUCAUUGUGCCUCUCAAAUUCUCCUUCCAAAGCAAGGAAAAGUUGUACUUGGUGCUCGCAUUCAUCAAUGGUGGAGAGCUCUUCCAUCAUUUGCAGCGGGAGGGCAAGUUCAAUGAGACGAGAUCGAGGUUCUACUCUGCCCAGUUGUUGCUGGCUUUGGAGCACUUGCAUUCUUUCAAUGUCAUCUACAGCAGAGACUUGAAACCAGAAAACAUCUUGCUCGACUAUGCCGGCAACAUUGCCCUAUGUGACUUUGGGCUUUGUAAACUCAACAUGUCCAACUCGGACACCACAAAUACUUUCUGUGGUACUCCCGAAUACCUCGCUCCUGAACUUCUCUCGGGCCAUGGCUACACUAAAUGCGUCGACUGGUGGACCCUCGGUGUCCUUCUGUAUGAAAUGCUCACCGGCCUUCCCCCAUUCUACGACGAAAACACCAACGAAAUGUAUCGCAAGAUCCUCACCGACCCCCUCCGCUUCCCCGAUUCCGUCCGCUCCGAAGCCCGCUCCCUCCUCACCGGCUUGCUAAACCGCGAUCCCUUGCACCGCCUGGGCGUCAACGGCGCACAAGAAAUCAAGAACCACCCCUUCUUUGCCAAACACAUCAAGUUUGACAAGUUGUGGAACAAGCAGAUCCAGCCGCCGUUCAAGCCUGCUGUGGCGAGCGCGAUUGAUACGAGCAACUUUGAUGAGGAGUUUACGAAUGAGGUGCCGUUGGAUUCGGUGGUGGAUGACUCGCACUUGUCGCAGACGGUACAGCAGCAAUUCGAGGGUUUCUCUUGGAGUGUCUCGCCGCUUGGUGAAUCCGUCAACACUCGGUACUAG